AUGGUCUCAUUUUGGCCCUGGAAGGGCGAGGACAACUCACCCGCGUCCUUCGAAAAGACGCUGUCCACCCUUUCCACCAAGAUUGCCCAGGCUACUACUCGCCUCGAUCAACAGCGAUCAACUUCACGUCGCUUCAAGGCACUCUGGACCCUUUACUCGACAUUUGCCUACCUCUUUUAUUCCAUCGUGCUUGCACUGGUUUUAGGAUGGGAGAGUUGGGGCGUGAAGGAAUAUGCCGCCAUUGCUGGUGGUCCCGUUCUAAUUUACGGGGUGCGCACGAUUAGUGCCCGUCUCUUCGAUUACCGGAUCUCGAAAACCCAGCGCGGUCUGAAUGAGCUCCAAAAGCAACGCGACGAGACCAUCGAAAAGCUCAAGGUCGCCACCAAAUACAACUCUACGCAACAACUGCUAGAGAAGUACGGAGCCGAAUCUUCAAAGCAGUCUCCGAGCCCCAAGGCCGAGUCUAAAAAAGCGAAGCCUGCUACACCGCAUCCUCAAGUCCAGCGAACUGGACUGCCCCCUCCUCCCACCGCAAAUAUUCGCCGUCCUCCUCAAUCACCAGCUGGGCCAGUGAACCCCACCUCACCUCCUCCUCCUUAUCAGAUUGACCCCCAACACCAACCUUUACCCGCUACCCCUUCUCCGAUUCCUCAACAAUCCGCCGACGAGCCUGGCUUCGCGCCCAACGCAUUCCCGAGUUCCGGCCCAGGCCAGUACAUCGAGCAACCGCAUUGGUAUGACCGCCUUUUAGAUGUACUUCUGGGCGAAGAUGAGAUGCAGCCGCGCAACCGGAUGGCCAUGAUCUGUACUACAUGUCGCCUUGUCAACGGCCAAGCACCUCCUGGUAUUAAAACCCCGGAAGAGCUCGGUCGCUGGCGCUGCGGAAGCUGUGGAUCAUGGAACGGAGUCGAAAGUGAGGCGACUCAGAUCCUCUCUACCUUGCGUCAAGAUGUCGCCGCAGAGAGCUCUUGGGGACCAGGUCCAGCUAUUGCGGCGGAUGGACAAUCUCAGCCUUCUGAGGGUGAAGAUUUCGAGGAGCUAACACCCUCAACUGAAGAAGAGCACAGUAAUGAAUCAGAAGGUUCCGGUGAUGGGGAGAUUCAGGAUACGCAGCCUGAAGAGGCCGAGACUCGGCCCGAGCCCGUACGCCGAUCCAAGCGUGGAAAGUCGAAGCAGUAA